UUAUCUCCAGUUUCAUUACUGCAAAGAGUGUUACAAACAUCUUUGUAUAAGUUACUAUUUUAUUCCAUUGGCUUUUUCUGAUGUAUAUUACCAAAUGGAGGAUUAUCAGAUUUUAAAAACUAAGAGCAUAGAACAUCGAAUUCUACUCAUUAAAAGAGAAAAAUACCCAAUUUGAGUCAUAACAGUUAAGAGAAAGGCAAAAGAGGAAGAAAUAGAAAAAAAUUCGUUCAUUUAUUCAACAAAUAUUUGAACUCCUACUAUGUGCUAGGCACUGUUUGAGGAAUUUUGGAUCCUUUAGUGAAUAAGAAACCAAGAAAUUCCUGCCCUAGUAGGGCCUAUGUUCUAGUGGGAGAAGAUAGACAAUCAGCAUAAUAAUAAAUGAGCUAAUUAUAUAAUAAGCUGGAAGGUGAUAAGUGCUACGAAGAAAGAAAAAUAGAGCAGGCUGAGGGGAAUCAGGAGUGAUGGAGAGACAAUGGAGGGAAGUGGGUUGUGAUUUUAAACAGGAGUUAUUGUGUAGGCGACAUCUGAGCAGAGACUUAAGGGAGGUGAGGAAGUAAGCCCUGUGAUAUUUGAUGGAACAGAAUAACAGUCAGAGGCAAGAGCCCCUGGUAAUAAGGUUCAGCGUCAUGGAGAAGCAGCAAGGAGGCAAGGUGGCUGAUGCAGAGAGAGCCAGGGCAAGAGGGAAGAGGGCUGAGAAAGGUCAGGCAGGGGCCACAUCAGCUAGGGUUUUGUAGGCUCUUAUAAGGACUGUGAUUUCUACUCUAGUUGCCCAAAGGGAUCUGUGGAAAGGGUACACUGAACUUGCUUUCUUUGCUGGCAGGUGCUGGAUCUGUCCUUGACCCCUGAAUCCAAGUCUCUGAGAUGGGACCAUGGAACUGUUGUUAUUUCUGAUAAAUUCUUUAGGAUGAUUCUGACGUGCGGUUAGGUUUGAUAUCACUCUUUGCAUUCAGGGAUUCCACUAUUCUAAAUUAAAAGUCAUUUAGUAAAAGGAAGUAGAAAUUUCAUAGCAUACCCCAAGUGUUGGUGAUUUAGAGAUUUUGGAGAGUCUCUAGGAAAUUAGGGCCCUGAGGUUAAGUGACUUGCCUGAGGUUAUACAGAUCUAGAAGGCAGCAGUGGGUGUCAGAUUCGCCCUCCUCACUCUGAGUUCAAUGAACCUUCCACUGUACCAGGCUACUACUUAACAGAGUCUCUCAUUUCACUUGCCAGGUGAUUAGAUUUCCAAUAAGUUCCACCAUUAAGAAUGUAGUUUGAAUCCAGAAGCUCUGUAAGGUUGAUUGGUUGAUUAAAUGUUUGGUUAUCUAAAGAUCAAUCAGAAAGCUGCUAUUGUUUUAACCUUUCUGGUGAAGAGUCAUGCAGAAUGUAUUAAUCCCAUUUUCUGCUUCUUUAGAGGAGUUCUGGAAGAGUCAUGCCAGUUUAGAAAAAUGGGGAAAGACCUUAACCAUUCAUGAUCUUCCAGUGCCUUUGGGUCCUACUUCUGGAAUAAGCUCUUAUUUGACAUCAGUAUAAAACAUACAGGCCAUUCAGUGGACCCUGGACAGAUCUGAGGUUCAGUUUUUGAAGAAAUUUCUGGUGUUUGCUUUGAUUUGUUUCUUGGUCAUUGACUGUAACUAAAUUUUUUUCCCACUUAAUUAAAAAAAAUUUUUUUUUAUAAUGUUGGUUUCUCUGACCCUAUUAUGUAACUUGAGCCUAAAUGUUAUCUCCAGUGUCUGAGCUGGUAGGCUUUACUGUUGUCUUGGAAUGCAUUGAGAUUGUGGCAUGGGAAUCAGUCCAGAAAUCACGUAUACAAGCAAGAACUCAGGUCGCAGAGCAAAGCUAGGGAAUGAUUUCAGCUCAGCCAUUUCUCCUUCACUUGCACAUGUUUCAGUGACCAGAACUGUGCCUACAACAGGACAGGUUACACAUUCCCACUGAGAACACUUGCUGGAGGUGAUAGAGAUGCAUUAUUUUUUUCCCUUUUACUAAAUCAGCAUUGGCAGUGGGAGCUGCGUCUGCAGAAGAUAUUGGAACUCUUGCUGCUCUGGGAAUGGGUGGAAAAAUGUAUACCUAGUGCAUUCCAUCUUCUGCUGAAAAGAGCUGCAUUCAGGGAAAAAGGCACUGGUCCCAGUACAAAGUGUUCAAUUAAUAUGCUAAAGCAGCUUCAUACUGUUUGAUAGCUACCUUGAUGUUACUUACUCUUUCAAGGCUUAAUCUUCUUGUUGUUCUUUUAAUUUUUUUUAAAUGCAGAAAGAUCAACCUGAAUUGGUUUCUGGUUGACUUGUCCCUUCAUGAUCCAGCCUCUAGUGUUCUCCACCAGAAGACUGCUGCAGGUCUCUUCUGCGGAGGUGCGCAUCGGGCCCAUGAGACUGACGCAGGAUCCAAUUCAGGUUUUGCUGAUCUUUGCAAAGGAAGAUAGUCAGAGUGAUGGAUUCUGGUGGGCCUGUGACAGAGCUGGCUAUAGAUGCAAUAUUGCACGGACUCCAGAGUCAGCCCUUGAAUGCUUUCUAGAUAAACAUCAUGAAAUUAUCGUAAUAGAUCACAGACAGACGCGAAACUUUGACGCGGAAGCAGUGUGCAGGUCGAUCCGGGCCACAAAUCCUUCUGAGCACACGGUGAUCCUUGCGGUGGUUUCACAAGCAUCGGGUGACCGAGAAGAGGCCUCAGUCCUCCCUCUCCUGCAUGCAGGCUUCAACAGGAGAUUUAUGGAGAAUAACAGCAUAAUUGCUUGCUAUAAUGAACUGAUUCAAAUAGAACACGGGGAAGUUCGUUCACAGUUCAAAUUACGGGCCUGUAAUUCAGUGUUUACAGCCUUAGACCACUGUCAUGAAGCCAUAGAAAUUACAAGUGAUGACCAUGUGAUUCAGUACGUCAACCCAGCCUUUGAAAGAAUGAUGGGCUACCACAAAGGCGAGCUGCUGGGCAAGGAGCUCGCCGAGCUGCCCAAAAGUGAUAAAAACCGGGCCGACCUUCUUGAUACCAUCAACACGUGCAUCAAGAAAGGCAAGGAGUGGCAGGGGGUUUACUAUGCAAGACGGAAAUCUGGAGACAGCAUCCAACAGCACGUGAAGAUCACUCCAGUGAUUGGCCAAGGAGGGAAAAUUAGGCAUUUUGUCUCCCUCAAGAAACUGUGUUGUACCACUGACAAUAAUAAGCAGCUUCACAAGGUUCAUCGUGAUUCAGGAGACAAUUCUCAGACAGAGUCUCAUUCAUUCAGAUACAAGAACAGAAGGAAAGAGUCCAUUGAUGUGAAAUCGAUAUCAUCUCGAGGCAGUGAUGCACCAAGCCUACAGAAUCGUCGCUAUCCAUCCAUGGCAAGAAUCCAUUCCAUGACCAUCGAGGCUCCCAUCACAAAGGUUAUAAAUAUCAUCAAUGCAGCCCAAGAGAAUAGCCCCGUCACAGUAGCAGAAGCCUUGGACAGGGUUUUAGAGAUUCUACGGACCACAGAACUGUAUUCCCCUCAGCUGGGUACCAAAGAUGAAGAUCCCCACACCAGUGAUCUCGUUGGAGGCCUGAUGACUGAUGGCUUGAGAAGGUUGUCAGGAAACGAGUAUGUGUUCACUAAGAAUGUGCACCAGAGUCACAGCCACCUUGCGAUGCCAAUAACCAUCAACGAUGUCCCCCCUUGUAUCGCUCAGUUACUUGAUAAUGAGGAAAGUUGGGAGUUCAACAUCUUUGAAUUGGAAGCUGUAACACAUAAAAGGCCAUUGGUUUACCUGGGCUUAAAGGUGUUUUCUCGGUUUGGAGUAUGUGAAUUUUUACACUGCUCUGAAACUACUCUUCGAGCCUGGCUCCAAGUGAUUGAAGCCAACUACCACUCCUCCAAUGCCUACCACAACUCCACCCAUGCCGCCGAUGUCCUGCAUGCCACUGCCUUCUUCCUUGGAAAGGAGCGAGUGAAGGGAAGCCUUGAUCAGCUGGAUGAGGUCGCAGCACUGAUUGCAGCCACGGUGCACGAUGUGGAUCACCCGGGAAGGACCAACUCGUUCCUCUGCAAUGCAGGCAGCGAACUCGCCGUGCUCUACAAUGACACCGCUGUCUUAGAGAGUCAUCACACUGCCCUGGCUUUCCAGCUCACUGUCAAGGACAGCAAAUGCAACAUUUUCAAGAACAUCGACAGGAACCAUUAUCGAACACUGCGCCAGGCCAUUAUCGACAUGGUUUUAGCAACAGAGAUGACCAAACACUUUGAACAUGUGAACAAAUUUGUGAACAGCAUCAAUAAGCCAAUGGCAGCUGAGAUUGAGGGCAGUGACUGUGAAUGCAACCCUACUGGGAAGAACUUUCCUGAAAACCAAAUCCUGAUCAAGCGUAUGAUGAUAAAGUGUGCUGAUGUAGCCAACCCAUGUCGCCCCCUGGACCUGUGCAUCGAAUGGGCUGGGAGGAUCUCUGAGGAGUAUUUUGCACAGACUGAUGAAGAGAAGAGACAGGGGCUCCCUGUGGUGAUGCCAGUGUUUGACCGGAAUACCUGCAGCAUCCCCAAAUCCCAGAUCUCCUUCAUUGACUACUUCAUAACAGACAUGUUUGAUGCUUGGGAUGCCUUUGCCCAUCUGCCAGCCCUGAUGCAACAUUUGGCUGAUAACUACAAACACUGGAAGACAUUAGAUGACCUCAAGUGCAAAAGUCUGAGGCUUCCAUCUGAUAGCUAAAGCCAAGACAGAGAAGGGGACCUCGGGAUCUGCGAAGGGCACUGUGAAUCAGUCGUGGAAAUAAGAGGCAUUACUUUCUAGUGAAAAGGAGAGGUGUAGGUUAAAGAGUUGGUGUUUAAUAUUGGACCUUUGAAUUAUUUAAGUCCCCAAACUGCAUUUUUAGAAAGUUACAUUCCGUGAAGAGAAAGACAUGUUCUUUUGAACACUUAGUGACAGAACAAACACAUGGCAAAAUCCUUUGUCCUACUGUCAUCCUGUGUGUCCUCAUGAAACCAUGGAGCUCAUUUACUAUAUAUAACUAGCAGGACACAGCAGCAAAGACGGUGCCUGUGAGCCCAUCUUGCUGGAUGACCAAGUAGCUUAGCUAGUGUCUCUUACCAUAAAAGUCACCUUCACUGUUUAGCUUGACUAUUUUCCUCAAGAGUCUCAGCUGAAGGAUUCAUAAUACCUAAGGGGAAAAAACUAUAUAAAAAAUGAGCAAAACAACUAGGACCAAAUCACUGAUAAACUAGUUGAUUUUGUCACCUCUAUGGCUAAGCAGUUCCUUUGCUUAAUGGUGUGACAAGCAAGGUUGACCACAGCCUUGGCCUGGUGAGUGCCUUCUGUAGACUGGAAGCAGUGGCCUGUGUAGCUGUCUUUCCUAGAAAAGGAAUUCAUCUUAUGAUGGGGAGGGACUGACACCUUAUUUGGGGGGAAUCCAAGAGCUUCCCUUAUUGCCAGUUUACAGAGGCAGUCACAAGGCACUAAAGUGAGUAUAUAAAAGCCAUUAAAUUUGAAUGCCCUUGGAUAAACUUUUUUUUUUAAGAAAAUUUAUAUACAUUUGCUGUUAAAAGUUUUUAUUAAAGCACUCUAAAUUUGGUGGGUGUAAGUCUGGAGUAGCUUAUGCAGUGUACCAUCUAGACAUCUCUUUUUGGGGAGGGAUGGGGAAGUUUCAAAGUUCAGAUGUUUUUAACCUAUCUAUAUUUGAAACCUUGCCAUUUUGCUUUAAUGAUGUAAAGAAGAAAAGACUGCACGAUGUGUAAAUAGAUUGGAAAAUAGGCAUAAGGAGAAGCAGUAAAUACUAUUUUAUGCUCUUAAUUGUAUGCUAAAAGCUUCUAAAGCACAAGUGCAUAUUUUUAUACAGCUCUUUUGAAAACUUUCUGUGAUCUACAUAAAGUCAGACUUGAGAUUUUCCUUUCUCUUUUACCAAACAACCCUUCUCUAUGUAUUGUAAAUAUCAGAAACUCAGUAAACAAAAUAUCUUCAUUUUCCUUUUCAAAUCCUCUGUACUCCAUGCUGCAUUUUAAUGAGGUAUAAACAGAGGCUGAAUCAGUUGAGUAGUAGUUAUUUUUUUCAAAUGAAAAUUGGAAUGCAGAACACUUGAAACCAGUACAUGGAAAGAAAAAAAAUGACUUAUCACUACAUAAUGUGCCAAUGUUUUUUUCUAUGUUUUGUACCAAAAAAUGAAAUCAUAUAUGACAAUUCCACGCAGAGAAAUGUAUCUAAAUUAUUUUUGUUAGAAAAGCGAAUGUGCUUGGUCAGGACAGCAGCUAGCUUUGUGUUGUAAUGCUGCACCAUGUAAAUGUGAUGAAAGUGUUUUUGUGAAGUACUUGUAACUAAAUUCCUACAGCCAUUUUUCAUUCCCAACAGCUGUUUUUAUUUUAUCUCUUUGGCCUAAACUUUUCAUUAUUUCAAAA